ACAAGUUGUCUGCUUCUUGUUUUUGUUUUUGUUAUUUUUUUUUGUUUGUUUGUUUUUUUAAACAAAGAGGGUGUAUAUGUAGAAUAUUUGUCUAAAGGGGAAAACCAAGACUCCACCUGCAGCAAAGGAAAUACAGGAACUGCCCCGGGCUUGGACCACCCGCCCAGAGGAGUCAAGGAGAGACUGACAGAAGUGAGAAAGGACCCUCAUCAUAUCCUGCUGUUACCCUGUGCUUCUGUACAUAUGUAUGCUGAGAAAGUAGUGACAGGCAAGAAGAUGGGCAGCAGGGAGAUCUCUCUGACCUGUGUGUUGACCCCCUGCCGGGUGGUCGGGGUCUGCAUAACACUGAUGACCUUGGGAGCCAUUGGAGCAGCCGUCUGGGCCGUAGUUACGUAUUGCACAAUGGAAGAAGACACAGGCCUGUAUGAUGUUCAGGUAAAUUCAGCCGACCAGCGUCUUAGAAUCUUCGACUCCACUCAGAAAAGGUGGCGUCAGGUGUGUUCUUCCUCAGCCAAUGAACUUUUAGCCAGCAUCAGCUGUGAAGAAGUGGGAUUCAUCAGUGUGGUGAAUUAUUCUGUCACAUCAGUGCCAGAGGCAAGUGGUGACGGUGGCGAGUUUUUCUGCGUCAGACAGGAUGAACUCAGUUACGGAAAGAAAAUCAAAGACUCAUUGUUCCCAUGCGACUGUGAGAGCAGGGAAGUUCUCACACUGUUGUGCCAAGACUGCGGCAGGCGUAGUUUUGCAGCAGACCGUAUAGUUGGUGGUGUGGAUGCAAGGCAGGGCAGCUGGCCUUGGCAGGUCAGCUUGCAGUACGAUGGCGUUCAUCAGUGUGGAGGAUCGAUCAUCUCUAACCGCUGGAUUGUUUCCGCUGCUCACUGCUUCCCAGAGCGGUAUCGCUUUGUUAAUCGCUGGCGUGUGCUGCUGGGCUCCAUCUACAAUAAACCCGUCAACGCUAACGUGGCAGAAGUGAAGACCAUCGUUUACCACAGCAGCUACCUGCCCUUCGUAGACGCUAACAUUGAUGACAACAGCAGGGACAUAGCUGUUCUGGCCCUCACCCAGCCUUUGUCUUUCAAUGAAUACAUCCAGCCUAUUUGUCUACCAGCAUAUGGUCAAAGACUGAUUGAUGGACAGAUGGGAACAGUGACAGGUUGGGGAAACGUAGGAUACUAUGGUCAUGCAGCAGAUGUUCUCCAGGAAGCGAACGUCCCGAUCAUCAGUGAUGCUGUCUGUAAUGCUCCAGAUUACUACGACAACCAGAUCACCACCAGUAUGUUCUGUGCUGGCUAUGACAAAGGAGGCACUGAUGCCUGUCAGGGAGACAGCGGUGGUCCUUUUGUGGCAGAGGACUGUCUAUCUAAGACCAGUCGGUAUCGUCUGCUGGGAGUAGUGAGCUGGGGAACCGGCUGCGCACUGGCCAAGAAACCUGGUGUCUAUACCAGAGUGUCUCGAUUUCUGCCCUGGAUAUCGACAGCCAUGAGGAAUUAUCACAAUGCACCAGGUGUUCACAAAUUGGCCCGAACAUGAGAUUCCUGCACCCACAUUUCUACUUUUUUGUAUCCUUGGAUGACAAUAUGGACAGGUCAUGCAAGCGGUACUGUGAUUCUGUAGCGUGCUACCACGAGGGAUAAAAGGCUGUGAUGUACUCUUCAAAUUUCCCUUCUCACUGAAACAUUUCACAGAGGAUUGAUCCACUUCCUGAGCCUUAAACGUUGUCCUGAAUCUUUGCAGUAGCCACAGACAGCAGAGCCCUUUAAGAGAUGUGAAGUUAGCAAACUUGACCAGCUUUAUUCUCAUGAAGUUAUGAAGAAAUAAUGAAGUCAAAAAAGGGAAAUAUUGCAGCCACCAUACUGGAUUUCACCUUUAUAUAUAAUAGGAUUAUUUUUCUUAUCCAUCUUCUUUUUUAGUUUUUAACUGAAUACACUUGCAAUGUCAGCAAAAGUUAAGUUAUAAAUAACCACUGAGCUGAACCACUACACGGCAGUAAACUGCAGUGAAACAUGUAAUGGUCCUUCUAAAGAAAUCCAGCUGUAAUUUAAUUUUUUCUUCCUAUUAUAAGAUACUCCUCACUACGUAGAGGUUUUAUCUAUGCAUUUGCUCCACGAGUCACUUUCCUCUGCAGCCAGUAAGCCACAAUGAGUGCAGAACCACUGAUUUGUCACUUGAAUUAUUUUGGCAGAGGCCGGGGUCACCCAUUUAGACAAUUCAACAUCUGAAGUGUUUGUAAUUUAUGAGUCAUGAAAAUUAAUGUGUGAAAAAAGAAAAUGUUGGAGAUUUGUUUUGUAAAAUUAUAGCAUGUAGUAAGGAUGUCAUUUUACAAUUACAGUGCGAUACAUGCUGUGUCUUUUUUAUGCAGUAGCCUGACAUUUGUUUGAAAAAUAAUUAUUCAUACAAGGUUUAUCUUUAUUAAAGUCCCACAUGAACUGGUGAAGAUGAUACUCUAUCCAAUCAGUGUUUUGUUGUUGUCUUGUAAAUAUUAGUUGGUACCUUGUUUAUCUAGAUGUUUAUUUGAGAAUGUUACUGAUGUCUAAAAGAUCCGAGUGCAAUAACAACUACAAUCAUGUUCUCAUAAAAUACUUACUGUACUUUGCUGAUUUCAAUCCACAGUCAUAAACCAAAGCUUAGGAUUGUUACCGAGUUGUGUGACUUUGAUUGUGGUGGUAUCUGAAUGGAAUGAGGCCGUUGUACUUCUUUAUGUUUUCUUGUAAAAAACAAUAAAUCAAUAAAUUUGCACAGUAAAAGAGAAGAGUUUU